AUGGCUCUCCGUACUGCUGUGAUGUCACCACCCUCCAGUAUUUAUAUGGUUUUUUUGGCGGGGUGAGCAAAUCUGCUCGGAAGUUCUGUUCAUUUUGUAAACACAAGUGACAAAAAAUGGAGCGUGUAAGGCUGAGUCGAGUCAAAGGUAGCAGACCAUCGGAGCAGUCGCUGCGAGUGCAAGACAGCAACAGGAUGAGCUUGAUGUAUACGACGCCUCAGAGUAAACAGCCUUCAUUUGGAAAGCUCAACAUACCAAAACCGCAGUCUGGGACCUCUGAAAGACGGACCAGUUUCUUUGGUCCGAGGACUAGUGGAGUCGGCAUGCCUCGCAACAGCACCAUGUCAGGGUUUGGAGGAACUGAGAAGAUAAAAGAUGCUCGACCUCUACACGAUAAGUCUUAUGUUCAGCAAUGCAUCAGGCAGCUGCACGAGUUCUUGACAGAGCAGGGUUACCCGGGCACUUUGUCAUCCAAGACCCUCCAGUCUCCAUCCACCAAGGAGUUUGUGAAGAUGUUUGAAUUCAUCUACUGCCAGCUAGACCCAACCUUUGAGAUGCCAAACUCAAAAGUUGAAGAGGAGGUUCCUGCUCUCUUUAAAACCUUGGGGUACCCAUUCGUUCUCUCCAAGUGUUCCAUGUAUUCUGUUGGAGCUCCCCAUACCUGGCCUCAGGCUCUGGGGGCUCUCAUGUGGCUUAUUGAUAAUGUCAAGAUCAACUGGAGUUUGAGCAAACAGGAGCUGCUGUUCAGUGACUUCAAUGAAGGCGAAAAUAUUGAAGAAGGUUCUGAGUUUAACAAGCUCUUCCUGGACUACACAGCUGAGACAUAUUCCAAGUUCAUGCAAGGUGAUGACACAUUUGAGGAAGAAGAUGAAGCAUUCCUCGUUAAACUGAAGAAGCUUUACAACGUUGACGAGGCCCUGCUGGUCACGAUGGAGGAGAAACACAGAAUCCUUACUGAUGAGGUUGAAAAACUGGAGAAGGAGAGUCAGACUGACCGUCUUAUGACGAAGAGGAUGGAAAAGAUGAAGCUGCAGGCAGAUCUCAAGAAACUCCAGAGCUAUCGUGCCAGCUUGGAUUCUUUUAAAGACAACCUGGAGAAAAAAGACUCAGAACUGAAUGCUGAGCUGGAGAUUUCUAUCAGCCACCUGGAAACUCUGAAACAUGAGAGGAAUGAACUGCAGCACCUCCUGCAAAAUCAGAAGUUUACUCCAGCUGAUGUUGAGAGGAUCAACAGAGAGAAGAGGGAACUUCAGCAGACCAUCUCCAGUCUCACCAAGUCUCUGGAGAACGCUGAGCAGCAUAAGUGGAAUGAAGAGAUUGCACUGGCCAAAGUGAAAGAGAAGGCAGAGUUGAAGCUGGCAGAGUACCACAAGCUGGCACGUAAACUGAAGCUGAUACCGAUUUCUGCAGAGAACGCCUGUGGUCACGAUUUCGAGAUCCGGCCUUUUGAAUGCGGAGCCGGCAGCAUGGUUCAGUGUAAAACACAGAUACAGAUGCAACUAAGAAAGUUGGUUGGAGAUGUUGAGGAGGAGAACAGUCGAUUAACCAACAUGAAACUCAGUUUGGAGGAGUCUUGUGAACAGGUAAAUUCUAUCAUCACGGAUAAGACCAAUGAUCUGAAGCAGCUGAGAGAGCAGAUCCGCAAGCUAGACGAACGAUUGGAGGGAGAAAAGCAGGAGCUGGCCCGAGAAGAACAGGAAUGGGCGGCAGAGAUGGAGUCUGUGGAAAACCACCGUAAACUUCUCGAGAAAAAAGUUAAUUAUGGUUAUGACGAGUCUGUGCAGCAGCUGAAAGCAGCACAGCAACAGUACCACCUCGUGCUGCAGGAGACCAAUGAAGAGAGGCGAACAGUCGCUAACAACCUGGCGUCUGUUUUUACCACAGCUGCCAACCACUUGUCAAUUACAGAGAAAUGCCUGGAGGAUCUGCACAGCAGAGUGCAGCGGAUCUGCUCAAAGGCUGUUGAAGAAGACGAGGCUGCCAUUCAGAAGCUCCAGGAAACUCUUAAGGACUUCAUGUCCAAGGCAAAAAAUGUAUAAAGGUGGCAUG